UACUAGAGAGGAGGAAAAAAAGAUCAUUGAAAGUGAUCAUGAUGUGAAAUCGCGAUCCGGCUUCAGUCGCUCCACUGCAGAAUCCCGUGAAUUGAACAAGGCACGUUUGGAAUAGAUUCGUUCGCGCGCAGAGUCACGCUGAGGGUUAAUUUCCAUUAACGCACGUUAUCGUGCCACGCGCGCGCUUCGGCCGUUCUUUGGCGUGCACGCACGCGCGCACAGUGUGAACGGAGCCGCGGCGUGUCAGCCUGACGGAACUUUCACGUUCCCAAACCUCCAUAGAGAGAGAUUUUUAUAUAAGCAGUGUUACAGAACCGCUUGUUCUCCUGAGCACGAGAAGGACCCCAGGCGUAUCAGGUGUGAAGAUAUGAGGGAGAAGCUGUUUACGUUUCACCACUUGGUGCUUGGCGUCUCCUUAACGAUCCUUUGGGGCACAAGAGUCUUGCUGCCAGAUACCACAGCACACCUUCAGAGGUCUUGUGGAGUAUAUGCCUCGAAAGGUCAGAGCAUUUUGACAGCAUAAAGGGACCCCCAAAAUAUUAGGUCAGUAAGUGCAGACACCUCAACCGAUGCCUUCAAAAACAACAUCACCCUCUUUACACGCAUCUUGGACAGACUUCUGGAUGGCUACGAUAACCGGCUCAGGCCUGGACUAGGAGACCGGGUCACCACAGUAAAGACUGAUAUCUACGUCACCAGUUUUGGUCCUGUUUCAGACACUGAUAUGGAAUACACAAUAGAUGUGUUCUUCAGGCAGAGCUGGAAAGAUGAGAGGUUGAAGUUCGAAGGACCAAUGAACAUCCUGCGUCUCAACAACCUGAUGGCCAGCAAAAUCUGGACUCCAGACACUUUUUUUCAUAACGGGAAGAAAUCAGUGGCACACAACAUGACUAUGCCUAAUAAGCUUUUGCGUAUCCAGGAUGACGGCACUCUGCUUUACACUAUGAGAUUGACUGUGCAUGCAGAGUGUCCAAUGCAUCUUGAGGAUUUUCCCAUGGAUUUCCACUCCUGUCCUCUUAAAUUUGGCAGCUAUGCAUACACAACAACCGAGGUGACAUAUACCUGGACAAAGAAUGCCUCAAACUCAGUGGUGGUGGAGGGUGAGAGCUCCAGAUUAAACCAGUACGACCUACUGGGACAGACUGUUGGCAACGAGACGAUUAAAUCCAGCACUGGGGAGUACACAGUAAUGACAGCUCACUUCCAUCUGAAGAGGAAGAUUGGUUAUUUUGUGAUUCAGACAUACCUCCCUUGCAUCAUGACGGUCAUCUUAUCACAGGUCUCCUUUUGGCUCAAUCGUGAGUCCGUGCCUGCCAGAACGGUGUUUGGUGUGACAACUGUGCUGACCAUGACAACUCUGAGUAUUAGUGCCCGUAACUCACUCCCUAAAGUUGCCUACGCCACCGCCAUGGACUGGUUCAUAGCUGUGUGCUACGCAUUUGUCUUCUCAGCCCUUAUUGAAUUCGCAACUGUCAACUACUUCACCAAACGUGGCUGGGCAUGGGACGGCAAGAGCGUGGUCAAUGACAAGAAGAAGGAGAAAGCCUCUGUGAUCAAGAAAAACAAUGCGUACGCAGUGGCUGUUGCGAACUACGCUCCCAAUAUCACAAAGGACUCUGUCUUGCCCACCAUUGCUAAAGGCGGGGUCGCAGAAACAGGCAAGACCAAAAGCGAGAGCAAGCCAACCGAGAACAAGAAAACCUUCAAUAGCGUGAGUAAGAUCGACCGUAUGUCCCGCAUCAUGUUCCCUGUCCUCUUUGGAACCUUCAAUCUGGUUUAUUGGGCCACCUAUUUAAACAGAGAACCCGUUAUCAAGGACAUGGUUCCUUCUAACCAAUGAUGCUGUUUAGUAGUGCUGAAGAUCCAGGACUAAAGAGAAAAGCCAAAAACCAUCCAGGGACUUUAAACACUUAUUCACUCAUGUAAGCAGUGUGUCAAUAUCCAGCCACCGAGCCAUGGACCGUUGAUUGUGUCUCCUCUCUUCUCUCUUUUCUACCGUGUUUUUUCUGCUGCGCUUUUCGGAAAAUGUAAAUAUGUAUUUAUGCAUAAAUUAUAUGCCCUGUAUGUUUUUAUUUUUCCCCAAACAUGGCUGUUCCCCAUGGGUUUACUGUGUUUCUAUUUCGCUGUUCUGUGAGUGUUUGUGGAUUCCACUAACAGACCUUUUUCUGUGAUCUACUCUGGCAUAUUGUAGUGUACUGAAUUUGUUGUAGUUCAUUUAUUUUUAGCCUUUAUAGUCACAAUAUUAUUACUUUAUAUAUUUGUUUUGUAAUGGUGCUUGUGGACCGUUACCAAGAUGAAGAUUUAAUGUGAGGAACAGUCAAAAAAAAGGAAGAAACAUCAAAUUGCCAUUUACAUUUUUACUCUCAUUCUUUACUGUGAAGCCAAAAAUGUUUUAUGUUGUUCAUUUAUAUUUAUUACAGUAAAUUUCAAACACGACAGUAUUUAUUAAAGUUUGAAUUCUGUUCAAUUUAGUAUUCACUUCACUAAGUUCAUUCUGUUUCAAAUCAAUAUUGUGCAAAUACUUCUGUGGGGAAAAAAUUAUUUAUUCUGAACAAACUUUUCAGGCAGGGAAGAGGUGAAAACUUGUGAACAGCGCCACUCUCUCCCUGUGUCUUUUUUUUGUAUUUAUUUAUUUCCUUGUCUGUUUUUGAGUCUGGACAUUUUACCUUAAAAAAACAAAGGACGAUCAAUCUGGCUAUUGAUACACUUGAAUUUAUUUUUUAAUUAUUAAACUAUUGAAUUAUUAUUUAUUGCUACACUUUUAUUUAUUUAUUUAUUUUCUUACUUACUUACUGACUUGGAAAUGAUGCUUUAUUUUAGUGGCAAAAUGUGGACCAAACACCUACAAGUGCUUCAAGUAAUGCAUGGUUACCCGCUAUUAUCAAUCUAAAUAUUUUUAUAUAUCUUUAUUUGUGUCUGAAAUCCGCUGGACUACGAGGUUGUUCCCCUGUGCAGGAUUUGAUUUAUAGCAUUGCGUGUGAUUUUAUUUCUGCCAUUACUGUCAUGUUUAUAGGAAAGGAAAUAAUUUCAUAUACAAAGCAUGCUGCAGUAUUGUCUUGGCUGUAAGACAAAAUGGCUGAAAUGGUACAUGGUACAUUUUGCAUGUAAUCAUUGAUUAUAUUUUUUUUUACUCUUACAGUAUGUGAAAGUUUUUUAUUUACCUGUUUGUUUGUAUUUUUGUUUGUCUAUCAAUCUAUCUAUUUUUAUUUAUUUUUUCUGAAAUUUCGAUUACAAUUAAAAUUCAUAUCAAGUUUUUUUUUAAGUAGCUUGUAGCUUUGUGUAAACAGAUUGUGCAUUGUGGUUAUGCAGAAAGUUGUUGGAGCAAUAAAAAACAAACAAACAGUGCAAUGCUGGUUGCAGUUGCAUAUAUAUGGAAUGUAAUAAUGCUUUGUAAAAGGCCUAUGAGUGUUUUAUUAACUUGUAGAUAUUAUUGUAAUAUACGUUCGGAUAUGGAAGGUGCAUAUUUAUUUACUGGCUAUUUAACUGAUGUCCUUUGGGAGACAAGACACAGUGGAAGAGGGGUUUGCUGAAUUUUCUGUGUUGACAAAGAAAUUCUGUAAUGUGCUACUAUGAUUUUCAUUUUAUUUUGACCAGUGAAUUGAAUGUCCUUUUGAAUUGCUGAUGUGUCAGAUCCAGCACAGGUUGUUCUUGUUUUAUUUUUUCAGUCAUACUCAAUGAAUUUGGAAAAAUGACAGACAACCAAAUCCUUUUUCGAGUUAUAAAUAGUGAUAUUUGCUCUUUAAUUCUUGUUACUCUUUCAACGGCUUCUUGCUGAAUUAAAAAAAGAACGUUUA